AUGAAUCAGAAUUUAAUCCUCAAAGAAACAGAAGUACCACCACCACCGCCAUCGCCACCUGUGUCCCAAACUGGACUUGAAAACAUUCUUCAUGAACUCGAUCCAUUAACAGAAAGAAUUGAACAUCUUAGUAAAUUACAUUAUAAACGUUAUAAUCAGCUUCUAACAGCUUUAGAAGAUCAAAUAAAUGCGAUUAGAAUUUUACAAGAACGAUCAACUAAAGCACAAGUUAAAGUUGAAUAUGCUCAAACAAUUCAAAUACCAUCGCCAACAUUAACAGAUCGAUCUAAUUCUUCAAAAUCUUCAUCAACACAACUGUCAACUAUUCGACCUAUUGAACCCAAAACACAUGUAUAUGCUGUAUGGGAUGAUGAUGGACUUGUUUAUGAGGUUUGUUAA